CCAACAUUGAAUCAAGAAAUCAAAACAGAAAUCAUUUGAAAAAAGUUGUAAUAAUUAGUAAAUAAUGAGUGAAUUGUUUGUAUCGUUUGCGGCAAACAAUGCAUUGAAUGGAUGUAUAGUUUGAGCGCAAAGUGAGUGACCAGUAGUGCAUUGAGACGUGAUAUGAGCCAAACAUGUGUUAAAUUAUGAUUAAAUGUGUGAUUAAUUUGUUAUAAACAAUGCAAUGAAAGCGCGAUUUGAUUGACAUUUAAAUGAAUUGAUUGUGUUUUGAAAUGCUAUCAAAUCUGUGAUCAAUACAAACACUACUGAACUUUGAGAUGAAAGGCUGCGUUAAUUGACACAAACAAUGGCUUUCGUGAAGAAGAGGAGAAUCGAUGCCCUAAGAGAUGAUCACUGGAGUCAAUGGACGGACCCAUUGAUCGACAAUUAUGUGGAUCUGUUUGAGAGAAGAAGCAAAAGAGCCAAUACUUACACACAAAUUAAGUCCAACGUAAACAAUGAGAGAAACAAUUAUAUGCUAUUAUCUGAUCCCAAAUGGAUGGAGAAGUUCUUGAACGGCGAAAUCGACUCUUCGUAUUACGGUUCCGACAGAUCCCAAAAUGUGGUCGACUUUACGUCUUCGCGAUCUAUUGAUAACAAAGGUCUCCGAAGAGCGGCACAACUGCCGCAAGAGUUCGGCACAAGACGUCUGUUGGCUAAUAAUCUGCUUCGAGAGCAACACUUCCCGUUUGAAACGUUUAAUAAAGUGUUUGCCUCUCAAUGGCUGAACGAUCAACAGAUUGUCUUCGGCACCAAAUGCAACAAAUUGGUAGUGUUGGAUGUGAUGAAUAAUAGGAAACAUCUGAUACCAACUCUUAAGAGUUCGCCCAAAAGAAGACUUCCCGAGAAUCCGUGUGGUAUUCACGCCAUUGAAAUCAAUCCGUCGCGGACUCUGUUGGCCACCGGAGGCGAUAACCCGAACGAUGUGGCCGUUUAUCGAUUGCCAACUUUGGAUCCAUUUUGUGUCGGAGAAAGAGCGCACGACGACUGGAUAUUUGACAUGAAAUGGUUGGACGACCAGUUCCUAGUGUCGGGUUCUCGUGACUCGACUCUAGCGCUCUGGCGUUUUGAAGACAACGAAACGAAGAACUCAGUGGACGACUCGUUAGUUCCCAAGUAUUCCCAUACGAAACCAUUGCUUAUCAAAGAGUGUAAAACUGCUGAGAAAAUUCGUGCCGUUCUCUACAACCAGAGGACAGAAGAAGUGGCCAUUCUAUCGCUCAACGCUCACAUUCAUUUGUUUGACUCGCAAACACUAAACCAGAAGUUCUCAAAGUCGUUGCCGUUUUGUUUCGAAAACGUGUGUCUCUCACAGCAAAGUGACCGCAAUAUCUAUGCCGUGGGCUCUAAAUCUCACGUAACUAUUUUGGACACAAACACAUUGAAAGCCAUCGAAAAGGUGGCCUCAAAAAGUCAAGGAACUGGAAUCAGAUCUCUUAGCUUUUGCAACGAUUUGUUGACAAUAGGAACCGGUGAUGGAUAUGUCAUGUUCUUUGACAUUAGAGCCAUGAAAUAUCUCGAAUCUGACGGUCAGUCCGCUCUUAAGGCCAGCAAAGGAUGUUAUGUAAGAAUUGUUGUA